GCUGGCUGGCAGGACUUUCUUUUUCACUGGCAGCCUCACUUUUUCAGGGAACAGAGCUGGGGUAAGGACAGGGAAAUUCAACAGGCACUAAAAAUAUUGUUGAGCUGCUGACAGCACAGCCAGAGGCCCCAGGCCUGGGUGGCAUCAGACAGCCCUGUCCUUUCUAGACAGCCCCCUCCUCCAGGCUCAGGGACCUGUCUGGCUGUGAGCUCCCAGGAGGUCCCAGGGGUGUGACCUCCUUGCCUCCCUCCCUCCCUUUCUCCCUCCCUCUUCCCUUUACCCGAGGCCAGCCCAGGGCUGGCUAUAAAGCUGCCCAGGCCUGGCUCUCAGCACACCCAGCUGCCUGAGACCCUCCUUCCACCUCCUUAGAGGACAGACCCACUCUGCUCCCCACUCUUCCAGGGCAGCGCCAUGCAGCCCCUGUGGCUCUGCUGGGCACUCUGGGUGCUGCCCCUCGCUGGCCCUGGGGCAACCCUGACCGGGGAGCAGCUCCUGGACAGCCUGCUGCAACAGCUGCAGCUCAGCGAGGCGCCUGUCCUGGACAGGGCCGACAUGGAGGAGCUGGCCAUCCCCGCCCAGGUGAGGGCCCAGUACGUGGCCCUGCUGCAGCGCAGCCACAGGGACCACUCCCGCGGGAAGAGGUUCAGCCAGAGCUUCCGAGAGGUGGCCGGCAGGUUCCUGGCGUCCGAGGCCAGCACGCACCUGCUGGUGUUCAGCAUGGAGCAGCGGCUGCCGCCCAACCGCGAGCUGGUGCAGGCCGUGCUGCGGCUCUUCCAGGAGCCGGUCCCGAGGGCCGCGCUGCACAGGCACGGGCGGCUGUCCCCGCGCAGCGACCGGGCUCGGGUCACCGUCGAGUGGCUGAGCGUCCGCGACGACGGCUCCAACCGCACCUCCCUCAUCGACUCCAGGCUGGUGUCCGUCCACGAGAGCGGCUGGAAGGCCUUCGACGUGACCGAGGCCGUGAACUUCUGGCAGCAGCUGAGCCGGCCCCGGCAGCCGCUGCUGCUGCAGGUGUCGGUGCAGAGGGAGCACCUGGGCCCGGGGGCGUCCGAAGCCCACAGGCUGGUCCGCUUCGCCUCUCAGGGGACGCCGGAGGGGCGUGGGGAGCCCCAGCUGGAGCUGCACACCCUGGACCUCAGGGACUACGGAUUAGCUCUCUGGGGCUGCAUAGCACAGUGGUUAAGAAGAGGCCUUGGAACCAGUCAUAGCUUCCAUCUAGCUCUGCCUUCUGCUGGCUGCAGGUCCUCUGGCACAUCACCAAACACUCUGGGUCUCAGUGGCCUCAGGGCUCAGGGCGACUGUGACCCUGAAGCACCAGUGACCGAGGGCACCCGAUGCUGCCGCCAGGAGAUGUACAUUGACCUGCAGGGGAUGAAGUGGGCAGAGAACUGGGUGCUAGAGCCCCCAGGCUUCCUGGCUCAUGAGUGUGUGGGCACCUGCCAGCAGCCCCCGGAGGCCCUGGCCUUCAAGUGGCCGGUUCUGGGGCCACGACAGUGCAUCGCCUCAGAGACCGCCUCACUGCCCAUGAUUGUCAGCAUCAAGGAGGGAGGCAGGACCAGGCCCCAGGUGGUCAGCCUGCCCAACAUGAGGGUGCAGAAGUGCAGCUGUGCCUCGGAUGGGGCGCUCGUGCCAAGGAGGCUCCAGCCGUAGGUCCCUGGUGUAGCCACUGAGCCCUGUAACUGAACAUGUGCAUAGAAGUGGUCUUAAUGUAGGUCUUAAUUUUAAACAUAGCAAGUUACCUCCAUCCCAAUUUAGUGCUCCUGUAUGACCUUUGCCCUGUGUCCUUCCCUCUCCUGUCUUUCCUGUCCAUCACCCAUCCUAAGCACUUACGUGAGUAAAUAAUGCAGCUCAGAUGCUGAGCGCUAGUAGGAAAUGCUGGCCUGCUGAUUAGAAGAUACAGCUGAGCAAUGCACAGAUUGUCAACUGGGAGUGUCUGUUCUCUGGCAAAUUCUUAACUGAGUCUGGAACAAUACCCUAUGAUUAGAACUGGGGAAAUAGAACUGAUUUGCUCUAUUAUAUGAGGAAUUAAAACUCCCAAAUCUCUAUUUCCCCAAAAUACUGGCCCAUUCUGGUCUUUUGUAAACAUACCUAUGCCCCUGUUCCCCUGAGAGGGUGCUAAGAGGAAGGAUGAAGGGCUUCAGGGUGGGGACAGUGGACAGGGAGUUGGGAUGCCUGGUUUCUGGAUCUGACAGGGCCAUAAGCUAGAACCUGAAACACAGGAGGCUUUGGGUCAUCACUUCCUCUUAAAAAGGAGGAGCUGGGCUUCAGCUCUAAGACUUCAUUGCCCUGAGGAUCAGACAGCUCCUACCUGCCUCUGCCCACCCCUCUGGAGACCGAGCCUUGCCUGUGCGCAUUUAGAUCAUGUCCCCCACUGUCUUAGAGAACUUGUCACCAGAAACCAUAUGUAUUUGUGUGUUUUUUGUUAAUUUAGGCAAAGCAAUUGAAUGUAGAUACUCAGAAGAAAUAAAAAGUGAUGUUUCACUCUG